AUCGAACCCAUCCCCGAGCUCCAGUCCUCGGAUUCUGACUUUACACUCAUUGGACUUAUCAAUAGACUCGCCUACCGCACUCCGGUUGAGGAUCCUUGGUUCAACGCUCAGAAUCUUACCACGUGGGAAAUUCCAUCUCCGACGGAUUUCUUCACAGCCACAAAUGUAAUGUCCUUCAUGGGAUGUCAAGAGCGUUACCAAUUCUGCACCGCGGGUGAGAGUUAUUGCUCCCCUUUCACAGGCAUCUACGGCAUAGAUCCGGCAAACUCAACGGGCCUGAACCCUACACAACUGGCUCUCUUUAAGCUCCUGUGGAAAGUUGGAUGGACGAUACAACUCAAUUUCCAGCUCCUUUUCGCCGGGCGCGAGAACCUUCUUGCCAAUGAUUACCUCUGGAACGACAGCCCUGACUUUCGCCUCUCGGCAUCUCUUCCGUCCGAUCAUUGGCAAAGAGAGGUCGCUAACUGGAUGAAUACAUCGCUCGCCGCAAUACAGCGCCAAAUAUACACCUAUGCGAGGCCUACCGAAUUCGAUGUCGGUCCUGGUAUACCCACCUUGAAGUUCAUCGAUGAACCUGACGAUGAACACAUGAAACUCCUUUGCCACAAAAUCAAAGCACGAUCCCAAUCGCACCAAUCAUUCAACGUCCAAAGUCUCUUCAUAGUUCUUACAGUUACACUCACCAUCAUGGCGCUCAAUUUAUCACUCCCAACAAUCAUGAGCUACUUCCAGAAGCGGACAGGAAAGGGCCUGCGAAAGAGGCUCGAGUGGAUCGAAACUGGUGCGUUUCAACUUCAGAGAAUAGCAGCAGAGGGGCGAGGGAUUGGCCCGUGGAACGGCAGGGAGGACGACGUGCCAACUCUCGUAGAAUAUGGACAUCUCUUUAACUUGACGAACCUGGGCCUAAGAGGGAAGUGGAGUCGAGUGGGCAGCUAUGAAGUCGUAGGUAGAGGAGUGAACAACGAUGAAGGUGAAGAGGUCGGGAUGGAUCGUUUAGAGAGUGUGGCGAGCAGUCUAAGGGUGAUUGGGAUGGAUACAAAUAGUAGUCAAGUGAGGCUAUUAGACCCCUAACUUGGGAAGACGCACUCCUUCGAGAGACAUAGGCUAACCAGCAAUAACCACACCUGCUGAAUCAUAUCGCAUGACAGGAAUCGGCUCCCCACUCAAAUGGAA